GCCUCCUUUAGUCCUUGGGCCCUGGUAAUGGGCUCCGUCUUUCAUCUGCUUCACACGCAAAAUUCACCGCCUUCUUUAGUUUUCUCUUGCGCAAUGGUUUUGUUUCAUCUGUUCUAACUUCAGAUCCUUUGUAGUGAUUGCUCCGAAUUUCUUCUCAGCCACAGCUAUAUACAUAUAUGUAUAUAUAAAUUCGUAAUUUGUACAAUAUAGGGUUUUAUUACUGUGAUUAUCGCCAAAUCUGAAACCAUCCAACUAUGGGAGGUCACGGUGGUCUAAACAUUCUUCCUCAGAAGCGAUGGAACGUCUACAACUUCGAUAACAGAGAGAAAGUCCGCAAAGACGAAGAAGCCGCCGCUAAAGAAGAGCAGCUCAAGCGCGAGCAGUCUCGAAAGCGAGACGCCGAGUUUCGUCUCGAGCAGCUCCGACAAGCCCGCGGCUUGCUCCCCUUAGCUCAAGCCGAUGCAGAAUCGGAUGAAUUGGAAUCCAAAUCGGAACCCAAAUUGGAAUCGAAAUCAGAACCCAAAUUGGAAUCGAAAUCGAACCACAUCAAUCUGUUCGAAGGUAUCAAGAUCUUUGAUCCAGUUACAGUUGGUGUUGAUGGUGAAGAAGAUGAUAAGAGAGGGGCUUUUAAGAAGAUGAAGAUGAUGAAGAAGAAGGAGGAGGCACCUAAGGUUGUGUUGCCGGAGGAUGAGAAGUAUAGAUUAGGGUAUGGAGUUGCCGGGAAAGGCGUGAAAUUGCCGUGGUAUCUGUUGAAGCCGAGUGAUGAUUCGAAUGCUGAGAGUGGUGGAGAUGAUUAUACAUUUAGAAAGGGGAAGGAAGAGGGCAAGAGUAGUAGCGGGAAGAAAACAUUGGAGGAGAUGAGGGAAGAAAGGUUGAGGAGAGAGAGGCGAGAGAAGGGCAGGGAACGAGCUUUGGUACUAGAGAAGAGCCGAAGAGAUGGAGCAGUCUCAAGGGACAGAGGGUCUUCUAGGAGGGGCCUUGAGCGGAAGUGAACUGGCUUUCCGGAAACAUGCAUACUUUUGUAUAAGGUUUGUUAUGAUUUUAUAUGUGGGUACGCAUGAGACUGUUGCCCUUAUAUUCAUUUUUCUCUGUACAUCAGCUCCUGAGCUCUGAAUUUUAGAAAAUAUGCUAGAUGUAUAAUUUAAUUGCAUCCGUAUCCAUCUUCUACUUGGAAAAUGUAUAAAUAUUUCCAUGCACAACUUAUUAAUAUGAAAGGAAAAAUGUGCUCGAGUUCUGCUUAAA